UUCCCCCAUCUCUCUAACCAUUUUUCCUUGCCCAUAAAGCAGAUGACUUUCACACUGUCUCUCUCUCUCACACACACACCAGCUAUACAUCUAGCACCUAGUAGCUCACCGCUCUAUAUAUACAGCCAUACGAAGCCGCUAGGGCAAAAGAGAUUCCAAUAGCUCACACACCUAAAAAAAUUGUAGUAAAAAAAGAGAGAAAAAUGGAUGUUGCAAAAAUGGAGACCGAUGGUUCUUCGGAUGUUGUAGCUCAGGAGCUGUGUGUCCUUGCAGUUGAUGACAGUCUUGUGGAUAGGAAGGUUAUUGAGCGCUUGCUCAAGAUUUCUCGCUGCAAAGCGAUUUCUGUGGAAAGUGGGACGAGGGCUCUGCAGUAUUUGGGCUUGGACGAAGAGAAGAACUCUUCUGGGUUUGAUGACUUGAAGGUGAAUCUGAUAAUGACAGACUAUUCUAUGCCUGGCAUGACUGGAUUUGAACUUCUCCAGAAGAUCAAGGGCUCGGCCAAACUCAAGGGAAUCCCGGUUGUGAUCAUGUCGUCUGAGAACAUAAUGACUCGUAUAGAUAGGUGUUUGGAGGAAGGGGCCGAAGAAUAUCUCGUGAAGCCGGUAAAGCUCUCGGAUGUCGAGAGGGUUAGAGACUGCAUUCUGCGAGGAGAGGGCAAAACAGGGAAUUCACUUAACCCUAAGAGGAAAAUCGGAGUCGAGCCUCCACCACCGGCCCUCGACUGUGAAACUGAUCCAGUGGGGCCCACAUCAUCAGAGCCCAUCAGCCAUGAAAGCCCGACUUCCCCUUGUCCGGGCCCAGAACUUCAGCCCGAGCUGCACGAUCAGCCUCUGGCCAAGCGCCAAAGUUUGGUGGCAGCCGCAGAUCGACUUUGACUUUGACUUUGACUUUGACUUUUGACCCAUCCUGACUCGACGCUAUUAGUAUUAAGUGUUCUGUUUUCUUUUGAGUCUUAGCUUGUUAUAUUAGAAAUGUAGGUAAAUGGUGAUUAAUUUUGGAGAAGCGAUUGUGAUCAGUUGGGCUAAUUCGGUUUUGUUCGGGCUCGACUUGUUUUUUGGGUACAAACAUGGCUAGGGAAUGAGUAGAUGGAUGAUGAAAUUGUUUUUUGUUUCUGUAUGGUACAUAGUAGUGUGUAAUCAUCUGCAUGGAGUUUGACUCCAAGGUCAGUUAGUUGUCUGGUUUGUAAGGCUGUUUUUGGUAUUUUUUGUCUGGAAUUGAACUGGCCAAUUGUCAUAUGAUUUGGUGAAGUAUAGUUCUGCAG